AUGAAGGCGCAAAGAAGGCCCGAAGAGGGCCCGAGGAGGGCGCAAAGAAGGCCCAAGGAGGGCGCAAAGAAGGGUGCGGAGAAGACCCAAAAAGGGCCCGAAGAAGGCCCGAGGGGGGCGCAAAGAAGGCCCGAGCAGGGCACAAAGAAGGCCCGAGCAGGGCACAAAGAAGGACGGCCCGAGGGGGGCCCGAGGAGGGUGCAAAGAAGGCCCGAGGGGGGCACAAACAAGGCCCAAGGUGGGCGCAAAGAAGGGCCCAGAGGAGGGCCCGAAGAAGGCCCGAGGUGGGGCCCAAAGACGGCCCGAGGGGGGCCCAAGGAGGGCGCAAAGAAGGACCGAGGAGGGUGCAAAGAAGGACCGAGGGGAACCCGAGGAGAGCGCAAAGAAGGCCCGAGGAGGGCCCGAGGGGGGCGCGGAGAAGGCCCAAGGAGGGUGUGCGAAGAAGGGCCCGAGUGGGGCGCAAAGAACACCCAAGGAGGGCACAAAGAAAGCCCAGAGGAGGGCCCGAGGGGGGCGCAGAGAAGGCCCGAGGGAAGCCCGAGGAGAGCGCAAAGAAGGCCCAAGGAGGGCGCAAAGAAGGACCCGAAGAAGGCCUUAGGAGGACACGCGAAGAAGGCCCAAGGGGGCCCGAGGAGGGCGCAAAGAAGGCCCGAGGAGGGCCCGAAAAAGGGCCCAAAGGAGGGCGCAAAAAAGGGCCAGAGGAGGGCCCGAAGAAGCCCCGAGGAGGGCCCCGAGGAAGGCCCGAGGAGGGCCCAAACAAGGCCCAAGGAGAGCUCGAGGGGGGCGCGCGAAGAAGGCCCGAGUGGGGCCCAAGGAGGGUGCGAAGAAGGCCCAAGGGGGGCCCAAAGAAGGCCCGAGGGGGACGCAAAGAAGAGCCCAGAGGAGGGCCCGAAGAAGGCCCGAGGAGGGGCGCAAAGAUGGCCCGAGGAGGGCGCAAAGAAGGGCCCAGAGGGCAGCCCAAAGAAGGGCCCAGAGAAGGGCCCGAAGAAGACCCGAGGAGGGCACAAAGAAGGCCUGAGGAGGGCGCAAAGAAGGCCCGAGGACGGUGCAAAGAAGGGUGCGGAGAAGACCCAAGAAGGGCCCGAAAAAGGCCCGAGGGGGGCGCAAAGAAGGCCCGAAGGGGGGCGCAAAGAAGGCCCGAAGGGGAACCCGAGGAGGGCUCAAAGAAGGCCCAAGGAGGGCUCAAAGAAGGCCCAAGGAGGGCUCAAAGAAGGGCCCAAAGAAGAACCCAGAGGAGGGUGCAAAGAAGGGCCCAAAGAAGGACCCAGAGGAGGGUGCAAAGAAGGGUCCAAAGAAGGACCCAGAGGAGGACAUGAAGAACGCCCGAGGAAGCCUAAGGACCGAAAGAAGGCCCGAGGGGGGCGCAAAGACGGCCCGAGGGGGGCGCAAAGACGGGCGCAAAGAAGGGCCCAGAGGAGGGCGCAAAGAAGGCCCGAGGAGGGCACGCAGAAGGCCCGAGGAGGGCACGCAGAAGGCCCGAGGAGGGCGCAAAGAAGAGCCCGGAGGAGGACCCGAAGAAGGCCCAAGGGGGACCCGAAGAAGGCCCAAGGGGGACCCGAGGAGGGUGGGCGCAAAGAAGGGCCCAGAGGAGGGCCCGAAGAAGGCCCGAGGUGGGGCCCAAAGACGGCUCGAGGGGGGCCCGAGGAGGGUGCAAAGAAGGCCCGAGGAGGGCCCGAAAAAGGGCCCAAAGGAAGGCGCAAAAAAGGGCCAGAGGAGGGCCCGAAGAAGCCCCGAGGAGGGCCCCGAGGAAGGCCUGAGGAGGGCCCAAACAAGGCCCAAGGAGAGCUCGAGGGGGGCGCGCGAAGAAGGCCCGAGGGGGGCCCAAGGAGGGCGCAGAGAAGGCCCAAGGGCGGCCCAAAGAAGGCCCGAGGGGGACGCAAAGAAGAGCCCAGAGGAGGGCCCGAAGAAGGCCCGAGGAGGGGCGCAAAGACGGCCCGAGGAGGGCCUGAGGAGGGCGCAAAGAAGGGCCCAGAGGGCAGCACAAAGAAGGGCCCAGAGAAGGGCCCGAAGAAGACCCGAGGAGGGCGCAAAGAAGGCCCGAGGGCGGCGCAAAGAAGGGUGCGGAGAAGACCCAAGAAGGGCCCGAAAAAGGCCCGAGGGGGGCGCAAAGAAGGCCUGAAGGGGGGCGCAAAGACGGCCCGAGGGGAACCCGAGGAGGGCUCAAAGAAGGCCCGAGGAGGGCUCAAAGAAGGCCCAAGGAGGGCUCAAAGAAGGGCCCAAGGAGGGCUCAAAGAAGGGCCCAAGGAGGGCUCAAAGAAGGGCCCAAAGAAGGACCCAGAGGAGGACCCGAAGAAGGCCCGAGGAAGCCUAAGGGCCGAAAGAAGUCCCGAGGGGGGCGCAAAGACAGCCCGAGGGGGGCGCAAAGAAGGGCCCAGAGGAGGGCGCAAAGAAGGCCCGAGGAGGGCACGCAGAAGGCCCGAGGAGGGCGCGAAGAAGAGCCCGGAGGAGGACCCAAAGAAGGCCCAAGGGGGGCCCGAGGAGGGUGCAAAGAAGGCCCGAGGGGGGCACAAAGAAGGGCCCAGAGGAGGGCGCAAAGACGGCUCGAGGAGGGCGCAAAGAUGGCCCGAGGAGGGCCCAAAGAAGGCCCGAGGAGACCCAAGAAGGGCCCGAAAAAGGCCUGAGGGGGGCGCAAAGAAGGGCCCAGAUGAAGGCGCAAAGAAGUACUGA